AUGGGCUCCGUUGGGGUCCCUCUUCUGUUGCUGGUGGGGGUGCUGGCCCGGAUCCCUGGAAGUGAAGGGGGGAAGGAGACGCCCGCCCAUUUCCUGUACCAGGGGAAGGCCGAGUGCCGCUUCCUCAACGGGACGCGGCAGGUGCAAUACCUGCAGCGCUACUUCUACGACCGGGAGGAGUAUCUCCGCUUCGACAGCGCCCGCGGGGAGUUCGAGGCCGUCACGGCGUUGGGGAAGGGGGAUGCGGAGGCUUUCAACAGAGAUAAGCACGAGCUGCAGUACCGGAAGGCCAAAGUGGAUUCCUUCUGCCGAAACAACUAUGGGAUUGCCCAGAGAGCUUCCGUGGUUGGUCGGAGAGCCAAGCCCACCGUCUCCAUCUCCCCCACCAAGCUGGACCCUGCUUCCCCCAACACCAUCCUCCUCUGCAUUGUGAGGGGCUUCUACCCGGUGGAGAUCAAGGUCCGGUGGCUGAAGAAUGGGCGGCCGGAGGAGGAGGGCGUGGCCUUCGGGGAGGAGCUCCAGAACGGAGACUGGACCUACCAGCUCCAGGUGAUGCUGGAGACCCAGCCCCAGCGGGGGGACGUCUACACCUGCCAGGUGGAGCAUGCCAGCCUGAAAGCCCCAAUCACCAUCCAGUGGGAGCCCCGAUCCUCCAAUUCUGCCAAGAGCAAACUCUGGACGGGGAUCGUGGCAGCCGUGAUCGGGGUGAUCUUCUUUGCCAUGGGGCUCUCCCUCCACCUGAAGAGCAAGAAAGGUGAGUCUGGGGGGCUGGAUGAGAGAUUGUGGGGAGGGGAUCAUCCAGGGGAGGCCUCUCAGCAAGCUUAGCAGAUGGCAAGGAGGCCCCCUUGGAGAUUUGCUUGGGAAUUUCUGUUCUUUGAGGGUCUACUGUAUAAGUGAUCAUCUUGCAACCUAUUAUGGGCUAUUG